CGUGCGGGCGUGUUGCUGAGCCGGAAAAUGCGCGCGUAAACCGUGUUUGAUGUGUGAGAAUUGUGAGAAUUGUAGCCCGCAAAGGGAAAAUUGGCUGAGCAAACAAGCGAGUGUGUAGCGUGCCUGUGCCUUGUGCCUGUUCUUGCGGAGUGCGUGAAUGAAGUGCCACGGAAUCGUAGCGGAAAUCGUUUGCUGGCCCAUCGACUGGCCAGCCAGUGCGGGUAAUUAACCUGGCUAAUACGCCAUUCUGGGCAGCUUCGGAAAAGCAAGUUAUAAUGGUCUAACUAACUUCUUAAAAACCCCGAGUGAAUCAAGCGGCGUUUACCGCCGUAAAAGUGAUCCCGAAAAAUGUGUGAACCAUGCGGCGUAUACGCAAUUUUUGCCUGUGAAACCAUCGUUAUUUAGAAGUGCGCUGUGCUGUUGCGGUCGUGGAUGAUGCGGCUGGCGCUGGCGGUGCCAGGAGCACAGUUCCCGGGCCAUAAUUGUCGGUUGAAUGACUCUCGAUGCGAUAGCAAUAACAGCAAAAUCAGCCGCGGUGGCUACCGUUCGAAUAAUUUUCAUCACGGCCCCAUUUGACGGAGGAGAACAGCAGCAGCAGCAGCAGCAGCAACAGCAGCAGCGAACAAUUGCCAACAGCAUCACCGCUAAAUUUCGGACAUUGCGACAUGUUAGCAAGGGCAAAGCAAACCAACAACACGACAACAGCAACACAACUAUCGUCAGCAACAUUUAAUAAACCAAAGAAACCAACAGGAAAGGGGGGGAGUGCCGGAUCAUCAUCGGGACUAGCUGCGGGCAAAGAUGGUUCUCAGCACCGAAUGGUCGCAGGUCGAGGUUAUCGAUCUGAUCAACGAUGGCAACGGCCUGGGCUUCAUCCUCGUCGGCGGGCGCAGCACCGGGGUGGUGAUCAAGGCCCUCACACCGGGGGGCGUGGCCGAGCGGGACGGGCGCCUGCAGCUGGGCGACCACCUGCUGCAGAUCGGCGAGGUCACGCUGCGGGGCUACAGCUCGGAGCAGGUGGCCACAGUUCUUCGUCAGACCGGAGCUCAGGUGCGUCUGAUAGUGGCGCGGCCGGUGGAGCCGACGGCCAUCGAUUACCAAACGCUGGCCUGUCAGGCGCCGAUUAUACCAACUAAGCUCCUCUCCGACCCGGAAGAACUGUCGCGUCAUCUCUUCCAGAAUCCGAGUUUUGCCACUGCCGCCGCCGCCGCAGCAGCCGCUGCAGCAGCGGCUGCAGCAGCGGGCUCCAGCGGAGGCGCCGGCUUGGAUGUGGCCAGCCUGGUGGGUCUGGUGCGCGGCGGUCCCGCGGAGGGCUCCGAACUGUCCGCCGUGGAACCGGCUCAGUUGCAGAUCAGCGAGCUGGGCGACCUGGCCGACUUUCCACUGCCUCCGAUUCCGGGCGGCAAUCCGCUGCUCACGGAAUCCAAUGCUGGCCAGCGACCUUGUCCGCGCCUGGAUCUGGACAUAGUGCCCUUCUCGAUACUAUCGCCCCCGCCACGCCCCGCCCUGCAGCUGCUGCCCCUGGAGACCCAAUGGCGGUCCGUUCAGGAUCAGAACCAGCACAUUGAGACUGUGAUAGCCGACAGCAAGCGCAAGAAGCUGUUGGCCAAUGAGGAUGGCGGCUCCGCUUCCGCAUCCGGUUCCGUUUCCGGCUCGGGUUCCGGUUCCCCCGAAGACUCGUACAUGGACUCGCCGGAAACGGAAACCUACGUGGUGGAGCUUCACAAAAACGUCUACGGCCUGGGCAUAACCGUGGCCGGCUAUGUCUGCGAAGAGGAGGAUCUCUCGGGCAUUUUCGUGAAGAGCAUCAUCGAAGGCAGCGCCGCGGAGACAAGUGGCCAGAUCCAGAUCAACGAUCGCAUUGUGGCCGUGGACGGCAGGUCUCUGUCCGGGGUGACCAAUCACCAGGCGGUGGAGCUGCUGCGCAACACCGACAUCGUGGUUCAUCUGACUCUGGAGCGGUUCCUGAGAGGCCGGAAGUAUGAGCAUUUGCAAGUGGCCCUAACGGAAAUCAAAGGCAGCAGCGCGCGCUCCGUCCUGGACAGAAAUCAGGACAAGGAUCCGGACCAGGAGUCGCAGCUAUCCAUGCCCGGGUCACCCUCGAUAGCCACGCUGAGCUGGCUGCCGCCCAAAUCUCUGGAUGCCGACUCAAUAGCCACCGAAGGCGACGAGGUCGUGGAUGCGGAGGAUGUGGGCGUUUCGGGGGCGGAGGAUGAGUGCCUCGAACUGCCAUCUCGGGACACCGUGGAGUCGAACAUGUCGCACGUGCUGGACCGCAGUGAUCACAGUGGCGGCGGAGUGAUAAGGCCCAAGAUCAGUCCCAUAGCUCCGCUGACCAAUGGCCGCAGCUUAAACCUGGCCGAUGACAGUGGCAAUGACACCGAUGAGCAGUGUCCAGAGCCGGAAGCGGAAAUGGAAACGGAAACGGAAACGGCAAGGGCCAAAAAGGUAUCGAAGCCGGAGUCGGAGCGGGGUAUCACAGAGCUUGAGGAUCUGGACACCGAUCCCGGCCAGAUGCCAACGCCCACGAACGAGGCGCCUGUGAAAGUGGCCAGCCCGACCGCCGCCUCGCUGCGCGUGGCCUGGAAAAGUGAGUUUCCCGACAGUGAAAUUAUAGUUGCCGAAAUAAAUAAACUUUCAGGUCUAGGGAUCAGCCUGGAAGGCACCGUGGACGUGGAGUGCGGCAUUGAGAAGCGUCCGCACCACUAUAUCCGCUCCAUACUGGCCGACGGGCCGGUGGGGCGCCAGGGCAUCCUGCGGCCGGGAGACGAGCUCCUCCAGGUGAACGAACACAAGCUCCAGGGCUUGCGGCACACCGAUGUUGUCAAGAUCCUCAAGGAGCUGCCCGCCAGGGUUAAGUUGGUCUGCGCCCGCGGCACUCGCGUUCCGUCGGUGAUAAAUACCUCGCAAAACCCGGAGGCCUUUGAAACGCGCAGCCUUUUGCCCGGUGGCCACCAGAGUCUCCAGAACCUGCUGAGCAAGGCCCAAUCGGAGAGCUCUCUCUACACGUCCAGCACGGCGACUCUAACGGAUGCAGGCGCAGCUGGCGGCGGAGCAGGAGGAUCGGGGGGGAAUGGAGCAGCUGGAGGAGCUCGCUCCAAGUCCCUGGAAAACGUUUCCGGGCUGGCGCUGUGGAGCUGCGAAGUGACCGCCGUGGAUAUCGAGAAAACGGAGCAGGGAUUCGGGUUCUCCAUCCUGGACUACCAGGACCCACUGGACUCGGAAGGCAGUGUGAUCGUGAUUCGCGGCCUGAUACGCGGUGGUGCUGCAGAGGCAACCAAUGAGAUCUACCCGGGCGAUCGCCUGAUGAGCGUCGGCGACCGCCUGCUCCAGGGGCUCGAGCUGGACGAGGCGGUGUCCAUCCUGAAGGCCAUGCCGCCGGGACUCACCCGCCUGGGCAUCUGCCGACCCCUCUCCGCCUCGGACAGCAACAGCAACAGCAAUAUAGCCUCGCCGCUCGGCGAUUCGGCCAGCACAUAGUGGCAACCCCUCCCCGACGGCCAUCAGGAGUCGGAUACACCAUUGGAAUCGGUAUCGGUAUCGGAAGCGGAAGCGGUAGCUGAUCAGGAACUGGAGCCGUUUGCAAUAUAUUUCAUGACCCUAAUAUCGGCCAUAUGAAAGCACCACGACCAGAAACCUAAAAGCAACCAAAUAGAGAAGUCAGCAGCAUAAACCAACGAAUCUGGACAUUGGAACAAAUUGUACAUAUUAUAUAACCAAAUCCGCACAUUGCCAGAAUCGAUUAACUAUACACGAGCUAGGUAAAAUUGAUAGCCCCUGCCUGAACACUAAAAAUGCAUAAAUAAAUAAAUUGAAAGGCACG